GCUAGGCUGUGAUCCUGCCGUGGCCUCGGCGGCAAGGCUCCCCCCCGAUGCCGGUUGGGGCCUCGAGGAGCAGAACGGAGGUUGGGCCCGGGCCGCGGGCCGGGUAGGAGGCCGAUUGGCCGGCUCACCCGCGCGGGGUGGAUGCGGCGGCGAUGGACGCCCAGGAAGAGAGCUUCGCGCUGUCUUCCUCUUCCGCCUCUGAUGCAGAAUUCGAUGCCGUGGUUGGAUAUUUAGAGGACAUUAUCAUGGAUGAUGAGUUCCAGUUAUUACAGAGAAAUUUCAUGGACAAGUACUACCAGGAGUUUGAAGACACAGAAGAAAAUAAACUGACCUACACGCCUAUUUUUAAUGAAUAUAUUUCUUUGGUGGAAAAGUAUAUUGAAGAACAGCUGCUGGAGAGGAUUCCCGGAUUUAACAUGGCAGCCUUCACAACAACUUUACAGCACCAUAAAGAUGAAGUGGCUGGUGACAUAUUCGACAUGCUGCUCACGUUUACUGAUUUUUUGGCUUUUAAAGAAAUGUUUCUGGACUACAGAGCAGAAAAAGAAGGCCGGGGACUGGACUUAAGCAGUGGUUUAGUGGUGACGUCAUUGUGCAAAUCAUCCUCCAUGCCAGCUUCCCAGAACAACCUGCGGCACUAGGUGCCCCUCCAGCAGCGAGGUUGUUCCGGACGUCAGCCGUCAAGUGCACUGGCAGAGGCCUCAGCUAGCAAUGGAAGAAGAGAUCUUGGGGAGACUGGCUCUGUCCAGCAACUCUUCAUAAAUUUCAAGUAUUGAUGGGUCAAAAAAAAAAUGGCAUGACCCUCCUAGGACCUGUUUCUUCAGAAAACCCUUGUGUUCAGUAACCCUAGUACUCCUCCCUAAGUGGACAUCUCUCUCAGGGGCUUGAGUCAGGCUCCCGGACAAGCCCACAUCCAGUGUUCUGCCUGGGGGGGGGGCCUUCCCUAGCACACAUGUUCCUGUGUCUCACAAAUGGGGUUUUUACUGUUUGGGUGCAUUUAUCUAGGGUGCUUGCCAAGCCAGCUGCCUAUCUUGAAAUUUCUGGAGCUCCUAUUGUCACAGCAAGUCUUGGCUGUAGGAAUCAACCGAGAGAGAUGUCCUUUACCUAAAAGCUACAUUCUAAGUCAAUUCCUAGUCUUACAUUUGCAGUCCCUGUAUCACUGUGUCUUCUGCUGGUCCUGAUGUAGUCCCACUCUUUCUAGAACUCUGUUUUAAGCAUUUUUGAAAAAAAUAUUUUUAUAGAUGAAUACUCAGGCUAACCUAGUGGGUAUAAUCUUGGAAGUUCCAUGAUUACCCACUUCAAGAUCAAAGUAUUAUAUGCCAUGUCCUUUUUAGCUAUUAGUGCCACAAAAGCGGACAAGCUUUCUCUGUGGGUGCUCCAGCAAGUGUGUGUUUAACUAGAAGCAGACUAAAGGUCUUUCUCCUUUUCUCAUAGCAUGUUGAGUGUGCAGGUUUGCUUAAACUUUUUCUGUAUCAAUCAAUUCGUUAGGUUUUCUGUUGGGAGAGGGGGUCUGCAGGUCCUUUUUCCUGUCAAAAUCUUCCUACCAAGACAGUGUUCUGGUCUAGCUCAGCAGGAAUAGAUAGCAGACAGCUUCACUGUUCAUCUGCCUGCUCUGAUUUAGUGCAUUGGCUUAGUGCUAUGUUUGCUAGAACAUUAUGGACCAGAAAACAUGAUGUCACAUCUCCAGAAAGAAAAAAUUUUAAUUCCCAAUGUGCACCCUAGAUUUUUUUUGUUUUUAAGUAAAAGUAAGAAUCUGUACUGACUUUUUACUUGGCUGUCUGGUUUUAAAGGCUGAGCUAUAUAUAGGCUAUGUGUUUUCUGUACUGAUAUGACGCUUAUUAAAUACUUUUAUACUGUGA